CAUUAAUAGGUGAAGAUGCAAAAAUCAUUUCAAUUCAAAUAUGGACUUCCAUUUGCAAGAGUUCUUCUAUUUAAAGACUUUUUCUCUUACUUCCAGGGUGGAUGUGCUGGCUCUGGCUGUGGGAAAUGUGACUGCCACGGAGUGAAGGGACAAAAGGGUGAAAGGGGCCUCCCAGGGUUGCAAGGUGUCAUUGGAUUUCCAGGAAUGCAAGGACCUGAGGGGCCGCAGGGACCACCUGGACUAAAGGGUGAUGCUGGAGAACCAGGCCUGCCAGGAACAAAAGGGACAAGAGGACCCCCAGGAAUAUCGGGUUACCCUGGAAACCCAGGACUUCCUGGCAUUCCUGGACAAGAUGGUCCUCCAGGUCCCCCAGGUAUCCCAGGAUGCAACGGGACAAAGGGUGAACGAGGGCCUGUGGGACCUCCUGGUUUGCCUGGAUUCACUGGAAAUCCUGGACCGCCAGGGAUACCAGGAAUGAAGGGAGAUCCUGGUGAAAUACUCGGCCAAGUGCCUGGGAUACUGCUGAAAGGCGAAAGAGGAUUUCCUGGACCCCCCGGCCCACCAGGUUCACCAGGAUUUCCGGGGCUGCAAGGUCCCAUUGGCCCUCCAGGAUAUACCGGACCACCAGGUCCCCCAGGCCCUCCUGGCCCUCCAGGUGAAAAGGGGCAAAUGGGCUUAAGUUUUCAAGGACCAAAAGGUGACAAGGGUGACCAGGGGGUCAGUGGGCCUCCAGGAGUGCCAGGACAAGCUCAAGCGAAGGAAAAAGGAGAAUUUGUUGCUAAAGGAGAGAAGGGUCAAAAAGGUGAACCUGGAUUUCAGGGACCGCCAGGGUUUGGAGAGAAAGGUGAACCAGGAAAACCAGGACCCCGAGGAAAACCUGGAAAAGAUGGUGAAAAAGGAGAGAAAGGGAGUCUAGGCUUUCCUGGCGACUCGGGGUUCCCAGGACUCCCAGGACGAGAGGGUUUUAAGGGAGAAAAAGGUGAAACAGGUCUUCCAGGCCCACCCGGAAUUGUUAUCGGCCCAGGACCCUUGGGAGAAAAAGGCGAGCGGGGGUACCCAGGGCCUCCGGGGUUGAGAGGAGAGCCAGGCCCCAAAGGUUACCCAGGACUGCAAGGCCAGCCAGGCCCCCCAGGCAUCUCGUUACCUGGGCAACCCGGUGCUCCUGGCUACCCUGGUGAACGAGGAGAGAAAGGUGACCAAGGCUAUCCAGGGACGUCUUUGCCAGGACCAAGUGGAAGAGAUGGACUCCAGGGCCCUCCUGGACCCCCUGGACCUCCUGGGCAGCCGGGCCACACAAAUGGAAUUGUGGAAUGCCAGCCUGGACCGAUAGGUGAUCGAGGUCCUCCCGGAAUUCCAGGGCAGCCAGGAUUGUUGGGCGAAGUUGGAGAGAAAGGUCAAAAAGGAGAGGGUUGCCUUAUCUGUGACACAGAAGGACUUCGUGGACCCCCUGGGCCACAGGGACCCCCAGGAGAAAUAGGUUACCCGGGACAGCCAGGGGCCAAGGGCGAUAAAGGUCUACCUGGCAGGGAUGGCGUGGAAGGACUGCCUGGCCCUCAAGGUUCACCAGGGCUGAUGGGCCAGCCAGGAGCCAAGGGAGAGCCUGGUGAGAUUUACUUCGACAUGCGACUCAAAGGUGACAAAGGAGACCCAGGUUUUCCAGGACAACCUGGUAUGCCAGGCAGAGCAGGCUCUCCCGGAAGAGAUGGCCAUCCAGGUCUGCCCGGCCCCAAAGGCUCCCCGGGUUUAGUAGGAUUAAAAGGAGACCGUGGCCCCCCUGGAGGAGCUGGAUUUCCCGGCAGUCGUGGUGACAUCGGCCCUCCUGGGCCUCCAGGGUAUGGCCCAAGUGGCCCCAUUGGUGACAAAGGACAAGCAGGCUUUCCAGGAAACCCUGGACCCCCAGGCCAGCCAGGUCUCAGGGGUGAAGCAGGAAGAGUUGUGCCUUUACCUGGUCCCCCUGGAGCAGAUGGACUUCCGGGUUCCCCAGGUUUCCAAGGGCCCCAAGGUGACCGAGGUUUCCCUGGAACCCCGGGAAGGCCUGGCCUCCCAGGAGAGAAGGGCGCAGUGGGCCAGCCGGGGAUUGGAUUUCCAGGGCCUCCAGGCCCCAAAGGUGUUGAUGGCUUACCUGGAGAUGUGGGACAACCUGGGAAUCCAGGUCGCCCAGGACUUAAUGGCUUACCUGGCAACCCAGGUCCACCUGGCCAAAAGGGAGACCCUGGAAUUGGUCUGCCAGGACUCAAAGGAUUGCCAGGUCUUCCAGGCAUUCCUGGCACACCCGGGGAGAAGGGAAACAUCGGGGGACCAGGCAUUCCUGGAGAGCACGGAGCGAUCGGGUCCCCCGGCCUUCAGGGAAUCCGAGGUGACCCGGGACCUCCUGGAUUGCAAGGUCCCAAGGGAGCUCUGGGAGUUCCUGGAGUAGGUCCCCCUGGAGUGAUGGGCCCCCCCGGAAGACAGGGACCACCAGGGUCAUCAGGCCCUCCUGGAGUGAAAGGAGAGAAGGGCUUCCCCGGAUUCCCAGGCCUGGACAUGCCCGGCCCCAAAGGAGAUAAAGGCGGUCAAGGGCUCCCCGGCCUAACAGGACAGUCGGGGCUUCCUGGGCUUCCUGGACAGCAGGGGACACCAGGACUUCCUGGGUUUCAAGGUCCCAAGGGAGAGAUGGGCGUCAUGGGGACCCCGGGGCAGCCUGGCUCUCCAGGACCAGUGGGCAUGCCAGGAUUGCCAGGUGCAAAAGGUGAUCAUGGCUUUCCAGGCUCCUCAGGACCCAGGGGAGACCCUGGCUUAAAGGGUGAAAAAGGAUCUAUUGGUCUCCCUGGCAAGCCUGGGACCAUGGACAAACUUGACAUGGGCACCAUGAAGGGUCAGAAAGGAGAGCAAGGAGACAAAGGACAAAUUGGACCAAUUGGUGAUAAAGGAUCUCGAGGAGACCCUGGAACCCCAGGAGUGCCAGGAAAGGACGGCCAAGCAGGGCAUCCUGGGCAGCCAGGACCUAAAGGUGAUCCAGGCAUAAGCGGAACCCCAGGUGCUCCAGGACUUCCUGGACCAAAAGGAUCGGUUGGUGGAAUGGGCCUGCCAGGAACACCUGGCGAAAAAGGCGUGCCUGGAAUCCCCGGCUCACAGGGGGUCCCUGGCUUACCUGGAGAGAAAGGAGCAAAAGGGGAGAAAGGGCAGGCCGGCCGACCUGGCAUUGGGAUUCCCGGACAGCCUGGGGAAAAGGGAGAUCAAGGGGUAGCAGGUUUUCCAGGAAGCCCUGGAGAGAAGGGAGAGAAAGGAAGCAUCGGGCUUCCAGGCAUGCCCGGGUCUCCCGGCCCCAAAGGAUCACCAGGAAGUGUUGGCUAUCCAGGGAGCCCUGGGUUGCCUGGAGAAAAAGGUGACAAAGGCCUCCCGGGAUUGGAUGGCAUUCCUGGCAUCAAAGGAGAACCAGGUCAUCCUGGACAGCCCGGCUCGACUGGCCCAGCUGGCCAGAAAGGGGAGCCCGGCAACGACGGAAUUCCAGGGUCGGCAGGAGAGAAGGGUGAACCAGGUCUACCUGGAAGAGGAUUCCCAGGGUUUCCAGGGCCCAAAGGAGAGAAAGGUUCAAAGGGUGAUGUGGGUUUCCCAGGAUUAGCUGGGAGCCCAGGAAUUCCUGGAUCCAAAGGGGAGAGAGGAUUCACGGGUCCUCCGGGGCCACAAGGACAGCCGGGAAUACCUGGAGUUCCGGGCCGCCCUGUGGAGGGGCCCAAAGGAGACCGGGGCCCCCAGGGACAACCUGGCCUGCCAGGGCCUCCGGGACCAAUGGGGCCUCCAGGGCUCCCUGGGCUUGAUGGACUGAAGGGUGAAAGAGGAAGCCCGGGCUGGCCAGGGACGCCUGGUGUUCCAGGACCCAAGGGAGACCCAGGGUUCCAAGGCAUGCCUGGCAUUGGUGGCUCUCCAGGAAUCACAGGUGCUAAGGGUGAUAUGGGACCUCCAGGAGUUCCAGGUUUUCAAGGUCAGAAAGGUCUCCCUGGUCUUCAGGGGCUUAAGGGAGACCAAGGAGAUCAAGGUUUCCCUGGAAGUAAAGGUCUUCCAGGUCUCCCAGGACCCCCGGGUCCUUAUCAGAUCGUCAAAGGGGAGCCAGGGCCUCCUGGUCCUGAGGGUCCUGCCGGUAUGAAAGGGUUUCAGGGACCUCCAGGCCCCAAAGGACAGCAAGGUGUGACGGGAUCAGUGGGUGUACCUGGACCACCAGGUAGUCCCGGGUUUGAUGGGGCCCCUGGCCAGAAAGGAGAGACGGGACCCUCUGGACCUCCUGGUCCAAGAGGGUUUCCAGGACCACCAGGCCCCGAUGGGUUGCCAGGAUCCAUGGGUCCCCCAGGCACCCCAUCUGUCGAUCAUGGCUUCCUUGUGACCAGGCACAGUCAAACAAUAGACGACCCACAGUGUCCUCCGGGGACCAAAAUUCUUUACCAUGGUUACUCUUUGCUCUAUGUGCAAGGCAAUGAAAGGGCCCACGGACAGGACUUAGGCACGGCUGGGAGCUGCCUGCGCAAGUUCAGCACGAUGCCCUUCCUGUUCUGCAAUAUCAACAACGUCUGCAACUUCGCCUCCCGAAAUGAUUAUUCCUACUGGUUGUCCACUCCGGAGCCCAUGCCAAUGUCUAUGGCACCCAUCGCCGGGGACAACAUUAGACCAUUUAUUAGCAGGUGUGCGGUGUGCGAGGCACCGGCCAUGGUGAUGGCCGUGCACAGCCAGACCAUUCAGAUCCCGCCCUGCCCCAACGGGUGGUCCUCGCUCUGGAUUGGCUAUUCCUUUGUGAUGCACACCAGCGCUGGUGCCGAAGGUUCUGGCCAAGCCCUCGCAUCCCCCGGGUCCUGUCUGGAAGAGUUUAGAAGUGCUCCAUUCAUCGAGUGCCACGGCCGUGGGACUUGUAAUUACUAUGCAAACGCUUACAGCUUUUGGCUUGCCACUAUAGAGAGAAGUGAGAUGUUCAAGAAGCCCACGCCGUCCACCUUGAAGGCUGGGGAGCUGCGCACGCAUGUCAGUCGCUGCCAAGUCUGUAUGAGAAGAACAUAAUGAAGCCCAGCUCUCAGCUAACGUCACAACAUGGUGCUACUCCCUCCUCUUCCCCUUCCUCUUUUUUUUAACAGCAACGAACCCUAGAAAUAUAUCCUGUGUACCUCACUGUCCAGUAUGAAAACCGUAAAGUGCCUUAUAGGAAUCUGCGUAACUAACACACCCUGCUUCAUUGGCCUCUACUUGCUGAAGGAGAAACAGAGACAUCGAUAAGCUGUCAGUAGUGACAUACCAAAUGGCACUUUUGACGAAAUAAAAAUAUAAGUCUGUUCUACAAUCCGGUGCACUGAUGUGUAAAAUGAGAACUCCAUCAGAAAACCAAAGGGUGCUAGGAGGUGUGCGGGGCCUUCCAUACUGUUCGAAUGCCCGUUUUCAUUCCUGUAUGAUAAUAGAUUCAUUUCUCACCCCCAGAUGAAAUGUUUGUUUAUGUCACUGUCUAGCUGUUUCAAAUUCAGGUCCCUUGGUCUGUACAAAUAAUAGUCAUGUGAAAACGGUGUUUCGAACCUCCAAGUGGAAUUACGGGCUCAGCGGCCGUAUCUUCCAAUCCCCAAGUAUAAAUUUAGGUCUUUCUGCUAUGUGUGGUACUAUGCAGCUGCUUUUGCAGAAAUCACGAAUAUCCUGUGGAAUAAAGAUGGUCCAAAAGUAGGCAGAAAUGAAAUAUAUAUAUAUAUUUUAGUAAUUUAUAUAGAUGUCAGCAGUUAGGCAGGUCAAGUUUUUAGUUUCAGUUCCACUGUUAAAAUAAAGCUUAUUACAUAGUUUCUUCCUUUAAAAACUGUGUUGUCCUUCAACAUAGAUUUUUAAACACAAGGGUAUUGAAUGUGAAACACCAAUUUUUGUUGUUCACCUCCAAACCAAAAAUUGUGUAUUGCCAAAAACCAAACCCAGGUUCAUGGAUAUGGUGUCUAUUAUGGUGAAACAUGUACUUUGAGCUUAUUGUUUUUAUUCUGUAUUAAAUAUAUUCAGGGUUUUAAACACUAAUCACAAACUGAAUGACUUGACUUCAAAAGCAACAACCUUAAAAGGCCUUCAUUUGGGUAGUAUUCCUCAUUCUGCAGCCCGGCGUGACAAACAGCUCCGUUGAAUCAAAAUAUCAGUAUUUUUACAUGUCAGCACAUUCAGGCGGCCUCCUUGGUUUUUCAUGAGCUGUAUUCAGACUUCAGCAGGGGAACGGAUGGAUUGCAGGAGAGCACAAUCGGACCACUAUGCCUGAAAUGACAUUUCACUAAAAAGUCUCCAAAAUGGUUUUAAGACUACUAAGGCCUUUUAUGUAAUUUCUUUAAAUGUGUAUUUCUUUAAAAAUUCAAAUUUGUAAUAAAACUAUUUGUAUAAAAAUUAAGCUUUUAUUAAUUUGUCGCUAGUAUUGCCACAGAAACAUUAAAAGUUACCACACGAGCCACUAA